AUGAUGGAGUCGACAAUCAGCAGAGAGAACCGCGACUCAGUCAUCAUGCUGGCGGCCUGGUGCAGCAACUGCAGCUGGUGGUCCGCGUUAUAUGCUCUAGCGUACGCCACGUUAUCCAAAGUCUCAUUCUCGUCCAGCCCAAACCGCCUGGCUAUAGCCACCAAUCUGAUCGGUCUGAAUGUUCCCUCUGUGUCGAUGUACAAACAUUUUCCCUCGCCUCCCCCGCUGUCGAUUGGGAGCUGGCAAGUGACUGCCAGAGUGUGGCAAAGCUGCGACUUUCCUGUUCUGAACUCUCCAAACACCUCCGUGAUGGCCCCGGUCUCGACACCGCCUCCCAGAAGCGUGUCCAGCUGCUUGGACCCGGUCGUGAGACAGAUCAGUUCGGAUCUUCUCUGGUGGAACUCGGUAGCAGUCGUGAACCCAAGGGGAACCAGCUUGGAUGCCUCCAUUAAUAACUUAUCUGCCUUCAACUCGGAAAUACCCUUCACCGUGACAAUAUGGCGUUUUGGGGUGUACGCGAUCGACUCCACCGUGUGGAAGCCGGCCUCCUUCAGCUUCUUGAUAUCCUGGGGAGAGAUCCCGUUUCCUACCAGCUGCUGGAUCGGGACAGGGCCCGCGGAGUAG